CCAUUGUGUUUGAAUGGCUAGGAACAUUAUUAGUUCACGGUGCGGACUUUCCGAUUUGCGUUUGUGAUUAGAGUUUGGACGAGGAUGGCGCAGAACGUACAGAACGUAACUUUGGCUCUUACUCUCCCGAUUACAUGUCACAUCUGCCUGGGAAAGGUACGACAGCCGGUGAUCUGUGCCAACCACCAUGUCUUCUGUUCGUCAUGCAUUGAGUUAUGGCUGAAGAAUAACAGCCAGUGCCCUGCAUGCAGAGUGCCAAUUACUCCGGAGAAUCCCUGCAGAGAUGUCAUAGGUGGUACAGGUGAAAAUGAAUGCAUACUUAGUCACUCAGUCCGAAAGCACCUGCGUAAAACUAGGCUUGAGCUUCUCCACAAAGAAUAUGAGGAUGAAAUAGAAACUCACCUAAAAGAAAUAGAAGAACUAAAAAAAGCUAAUUCUAAUUUAGAGGAAAAGCUGAAUGAGCACGUCUGUGAUGUGCGCAGUGCUUCAGAAAUCAGUGAGCUGGAGGAUAACAGCAGCGUCGACGCUAGAACGUUGGAGGAGUUUAGUAAAAAACUGCAAGCGGCCAAUGAGGUUAUUGGGAAAGUUACAGGUGAUCUUGAAAAGCUGAUAGAGGAAAACAAAAGGUUGAAAAAUGAAAACUUUGAGUUUGGAAGAGAGAAUUUGCGGCUGAAAGUGGAAGUAGAAAACAGAUCACCCCAAAAGUUUGGAAGAUUUACAGUGGCGGCAUUGCAAGCAAAAGUUGAUCAGUAUGAACGAGAGAUGAACAGGCUUAGAAAAGCUCUUGAGAGGAGUGAUCAAUACAUUGAAGAACUGGAAGGUCAAAUUGAGCAGUUGAAACCGGCAAGAGAAGAGGAAAAUGGAAGAUCAAACUGUGAAGGCUCUCUGCUGACUGAAGGAAACAUACAGACUAAAGUAACUGGAACUGCUCUAAACUGGCAAGAAGAAAAACUUUCAGAGGUUUCUCUGAACCAGGCACAGAGAUCCCAUAAGAAGAUUGAUCCAGGGGAUACUCAUGGUUCGCCCACUACUUCAAAUGGUUACGUACCAACUUCAAAUCAAGGAACAUAUGUUGCUAAAAGUGAUUUCUCUUCUAAUUUACCAAACCAGACUUGCUCUAAAUUAAAUGGAGACAAUGUGAUCUGGAAAAGGCCUCUUCAAAAAACAGAUGGUGGUAAAAAUGAAACGUGCACGCCAUCUAAAGAGAAAAAUCUCUGUGACUUUGGUAGUCCAAGUACUUCCUUGGUUCAAUUCGGCUCUCUUCAAUUAAGUACUCCUGAUAGUAAAGUUAGUUGUACACAAACAAGUAUAAAGAAACCUUUGACUUAUCUUAGAAAGUUAGUGUUUGAUGACUUUAGAAAAAAAAGUGGACCGGACAGUUUUGUGCCUGGAAUAAAGGAAAGUGCAUCACGUAUUGAGGAAAGCCUAAUCAAAGACCAAUACGAGGAACCACGUGUUAAGGAAUCAAAUUCUCGGUUUUCUCAGAAUUGUACUGGAAACGAUGACAGCCAGAAACAGCCUCACAUGUUUCACCAAGAGCAAUUGUUGGAGCCAGUCACAAACCGACCAAAUCAAUUUUUACUGAAAAAGUAUCCAAAUGUCAGUGAUAUCAGUCAUAGCAGGGUCAGAAGUGUAAAUUCCAUGGAUGCUUCCUUUGUUGCUAACAUAAUGCCAGACUUGGAAAACUGCAAUCGCACAAUGCAUGCCAACAAAACCUAUCAAGUGUCAUCUACAAAAGACUCUACUAAAUUACAACAUAAUUAUGAAAGAAAAAAUGAGGCACAAAAUUCAGAACCUCAAACGUGUUAUUCUGACCCAUUGAAGCCUCACACUUCUGUUACUGAUUUAGGAGAACAAAAGGACAAUAGUCUUCAAAAUUUUAUGUUUUGUCCUUUUAAAUAUAACACUGAUAACAUUUCGUCUUCCUCUCUGACAGAUGAAACUACACAUUUCACUUCUUCCCAUACACCGCAUAAUUGUAAUAGCUGUAGUCCUGCAGCAAAACGAAAGUUGCUUAGCCUAGAUACCCACAGUCCUUCAAAAGCACUUUAAACUUGAAUCUACAAGUAGUUUUGGCUUGAGUUAAUAAUGUUAACACAUAGUCAAAUUAUUGUUCCAAUUACUAGAUGAACCACUAAUGUAAAGUUGAAUCAUAACUACUCACAAAAUAAAUGCAGAUCUAGUUUGUUACCAA